AUGACAGCGAUAACUGCUAAUCUUGAUGGAUUAGGUGAACGGAUUGAAAGAAAUAAAGCACAAGCAGAGCUCGUUCAAAGGAUGAGGAACUACUCGAAGUCGACGGAUGUGGCUUUAGUGAUACCGAAGACACGGUCGGACGACGUGCGAUGGCUUCAAGAACACCUCCAGACCCAACCUAAUACUACACCUUUUAUUUACUCUAUGAGUCGGAAACGUGAACCAGAUUUACUCGUUCCCCAUUCAUCUCGUGGCCGCGAAGUUUCCGCAUAUCUUUCCUACAUUAUCGACUACUAUGACAAGUUGCCGCCGUUUUCGAUUUUCAUCCACGCUGGUGAAACGCAACGCCAUAACGAUUUGUUUGGACCAAAAACCAAGAUCGUGCUAGAAAACUUACGCCUUGAAGCUGUGGAUGCAAAAGGCUAUGUUAACCUGCGAUGCCUACAUUCUCCGGGAUGUCCAAGCCACGUUCACCCUAACAGCCCCACCGAAAUCGAUAUCAAAAAUCAUGAUACGCGUGCCUUUUUCGCACAGAUAUAUACGGAGCUCUUUGGGGCGGAUACGCCCGUUCCAGAUGUCAUUGGAGGCAUCUGCUGCGCGCAAUUUGCAGUGAGCCGGGAUCAAAUACGGCGACGACCAAAGAGCGAUUAUAUACGGAUGAUGAACUGGGUGGAUAAGAAAAGCAAGCAGAUGGUGGAUAGUUAUGGUGUUGGGUGGGUCUUUGAGGUAGUGUGGCAUGUGGUCUUUAGCAUGGAAGACGUCUACUGUCCUGUCUAUGAGCAAUGUCGAUGCGAUAAUUAUGGGUGGUGUGGCCCUUUGUCCUCGGGCGAAAGCUUCAUGCCAAUCACACUUGGAAAUGAAACGAAAGUGAAUGGAUGA